CUCUGUCUCUCUCUUUCUCUCACUGUCCCAGCAAAUUCCUUGCUUCCAUCGCCCUCGAUCCAAUUAGGGCAAGCGCAAAAAGCAAUCGGAUUCGCGCGCCAUCUCCUCCCUCGCGCGUGCUGAUCGCUAGGUAGCAGCCGAGCUCGAUCCCCGCCGUCUCGCCUCCCCGCGAUCGCCGCCGGCCGGCCCUAUCGGCGAUUCCCUCAUCCCUUCCCCCCCCGGCGGGAGCUCUGCUGGGAGCCGAGAUCGCGAGAGUGAGAGAGAGAGAGAGAGAGAGAGAGAGAUGUUCCUGGUGGACUGGUUCUACGGCGUCCUGGCCUCGCUCGGCCUGUGGCAGAAGGAGGCCAAGAUCCUGUUCCUCGGCCUCGAUAAUGCCGGCAAGACCACCCUGCUCCACAUGCUGAAGGACGAGAGACUAGUUCAGCAUCAGCCCACGCAGUAUCCGACGUCUGAGGAGUUGAGUAUUGGGAAAAUCAAGUUCAAAGCUUUUGAUUUGGGAGGCCAUCAGAUUGCUCGCCGAGUUUGGAAGGAUUACUAUGCCAAGGUGGAUGCCGUUGUCUACCUGGUUGAUGCUUAUGACAAGGAGAGGUUUGCAGAAUCAAAGAAGGAACUGGACGCACUCCUCUCUGAUGAGGCCCUUGCGAAUGUUCCGUUCCUUGUAUUGGGAAACAAGAUUGACAUACCGUAUGCUGCCUCUGAAGAUGAACUGCGAUACCAUCUUGGUUUGACCAACUUCACCACUGGAAAGGGAAAGGUAAAUCUAGCAGACUCAAAUGUCCGUCCCCUAGAGGUAUUCAUGUGCAGCAUCGUUCGCAAAAUGGGCUAUGGCGAUGGUUUCAAGUGGCUUUCUCAGUACAUUAAGUAGGUUUUGAUCCAGAUGAUGCAGUACAGCGUCCCCUGAAAAAAAAUCUGUUCAGCAUUCACCCUCCUGUUGUUUUAGCCCUGUGUCGGCUUUAGACUGGAUAUAUGUUGUGAAUGUGUUUGGAAGAAGGAAUUGUUGUUCUCUCUGUAAAAUUUACUUGUGGCAACAGGGUAGUCUCUCUGGUAUUGUAGUUUGCUGAUCAAGUUCUCUAUGCCUUGCUAUAAUUGGAACAUACGGUUCUAUUUUUUGUUGCCAAAAA